CAUAAGACAUGACCUGCGCCCAAUCACUCAGCGACAAGUAUCAGACCUGCGAAGAAGUCGGUCGUGGGCGCUUCGGCACUGUCACGCGCGUGUACGCGCCGUCGACCGGAGAGUUCUUCGCCUGCAAGACCAUCCACAAGGCAUCACUCUCCGACGACGCGCUUGACCGCGCGUGCAUAGACAGCGAGCCCAAGCUCAUGGCUCUGUUACCUCCGCACCCAAACAUCGUUAAGAUCCACGAAUUCAUCGACACCAUCGAUUCCCUCUCCAUUGUCAUGGAGCUCGUCGAUCCGACGGUCACCGUCUACGAUCGCUUGGUCUCCUCUGGCACUUUCUCCGAGGCCCAAACGGCGUCGUACGCGAAGCAGAUUCUCUCCGCCGUGUCGCAUUGUCACCGGCACGGCGUCGUUCACAGGGACAUCAAGCCGGAGAAUAUUCUGGUCGAUCUGCGAAAGGACGCCGUCAAGAUCUGCGAUUUUGGGUCUGGGAUUUGGUUGGGUGAGGGCGAGACCACCGUAGGCGUCGUGGGCACGCCGUAUUACGUGGCGCCGGAGGUUUUGAGGGCGACUCCGUACGCCGAGAAAAUCGACGUUUGGAGCGUCGGCGUCGUUCUCUACACUAUGCUCUCCGGAACUCCUCCAUUCUACGGAGAGACGGCGGAGGAGAUCUUCGAGGCUGUGAUCCGCCGGAGUCUCCGGUUUCCUCCGAAGAUUUUCCGGGGAGUUUCCUCUGCGGCAAAGGAUUUUUUGAGGAAGACGAUCUGCAGAGAUGUUUCUCGGAGAUUUUCAGCAGAACAAGCACUGAGGCAUCCGUGGAUUGUAAAUGCAGGAGCAGCGGAAAUAGAGCAAACCUUCGUCUAAUCCGGAAGUUCACGGGAGCUUUGGCUCGGGGAUUUCUUUUCUUCUGAGUUGAAGUAGGCCGUAGAACAGAGGAUUCGGGUCUUUCCCCACCUUUUAUGGGUUUCCUUUUUUUUACUCCUUUUUUGGGUGAGUAAUAGAAAGAGAGAAAACAAAGUACUAGUUGU